UGUCGGCUGAAAUAGUUUAAAAACAAUUCAGCUAUCGUUUUCAGCCUGAGGCUAAACAAAAUGUUAAAAUGUAUGGUGAUAAGUUGACGUCAGAAUAGUUGGUUCAGUAUUCAUUUAUUUCUUGUUGGAUUUAUAACACGUAAAUUACACAGCGAAAAGAUAUUUUUGUUAUUUGUUUCUUAACGGUUUUGGAACAUUCUUUUAGUCUAGACUCGAUCAAGUACAUUUAACUAAUUGUAACUAAGAAAAUUUCGAGAAAGUACUACGCAUUUUACGAGCAGCACAUUGUAUCAACUCGAAGUGGAGGUAAGGAUAACACCUGGGCCGUUUCCUCAAAUAAAACACAAGAUAUAAGGUAUACAUACAUUACCACGAUGAUCACAGUUUUAAUUCUGACGGUGUCGCUAGUGGUGCAGGCCACAUGGGGCGCCACCACGGUCCCCAUCACCAACCACUGGUACGGCGGAUUCCAAGGCGAUCCUUGCAUCUCUAUCACCAAGGAGCUGAACGGCUGGAGGGCCCACCUGUUGUUCAACCAGAAUGUGGACAGCAUUGAGGUGUGGGUGACCUGGCCCACCAAGAUCAGUCCCACCGAGUACCUCCUUGUCAACAAGGACUACAAUUCGGUUCUACAUGUCGGAGAUAGAUUCUGCUUCACCUUCCUUGGUCACGGCUUUGGCGAUAUUGCGCCCUAUACGACCAUCUACAUCGAGGGGAUGGACGGGCCAGGGAGCGUGACGCCUGCUCCUACCCAGGCGCCCGUGGUGACGUUAGCACCUUACAGCGGUGGUAGCACGGCAACCAAGGACUACGGUGCUGCUCUGGGAAAGUCAAUUUUGUUCUACGACGCCCAGAGGUCCGGCAAGCUACCAGCCAACAACCCCAUCCCAUGGAGAGGAGACUCCGCACCAUACGACUGUGUGGUGGGGGGCUGGUACGACGCUGGGGACCACAUCAAGUUUGGUCUGCCCAUGGCGGCGUCGUCGACUCUCCUGCUGUGGUCUAUGGUCAGGUUCCAGGAUGGUUACGUCAGGGCCGGUCAGCUGACCCAAGCCUACGACAUGAUCAAGUGGCCACUGGACUAUUUCCUCAAGGCCUGGAACCCUCAGACCCAGCAGCUGGUCGUACAGGUGGGGGACGGCGUGGCUGACCACAACUACUGGGGACGUCCUGAAGACAUGAGCAUGUCGAGACCUUGUCAGACCGUCAGCGCUUCCAAUAAGGGAAGUGACAUAGCAGCUGAAACAGCCGCAGCUCUGGCAGCUGGAUCUAUUGUCUUUAAAACCAAAGGUGACACGACGUACAGCUCCCAGCUUCUCGCAGCUGCUCAAAGUCUUUAUUCUUUUGCCAAGGCAAACAGGGGCCUAUUCGGCGGGGCCGCCCCGUUCUACUCGUCAACUGGUGACAGAGAUGAGAUGUGUGAGGCCAGUGCCUGGCUGUACCGGGCCACAAAGAACACCCAGUACCUUGACGACGCCAAGACCUUCGUGGAUGAUGCUUGGGCGUGGGCCCUAAGCUGGGACGACAAGAAAGUCGCCUGCCAGUUAAUCCUCUACGAAGAAACACAGAACACCGUCUACAAGAACGCCGUGGUUGGUUUCCUGGAGGGUUGGAUGCCCGGUAGUGGAAUCACGUAUACACCGUGUGGGUUGGCAUGGAGGGACAAGUGGGGCGCCAACAGGUAUGCCGGAAACGCUGCUUUUAUGGCGCUGUUGGCUGCGGAGUCUGGGCUGAACACCGCCAAAUACCGGAAGUGGGCUGUCGAACAGAUCAACUACAUCCUCGGCGACAACAGCCACGACGGUGGAUGUUACAGUUUCCAGAUUGGAUAUGGAUCAAAGUAUCCACGUCAACCUCACCACAGGGGCGCGUCUUGUCCAAACCGCCCCGCGCCAUGCAGUGACGCUCAGCGGACCGCCCCAGGACCAAGCCCUCAGAUUUUGGUCGGUGCCAUUGUUGGCGGGCCGGAAGCGAAUGAUAACUACCAAGACGUCAGGACAGAUUACGUGUUGAACGAGGUAGCGACGGACUAUAACUCUGGUUUCCAUGGAGCUCUUGCAGGAAUCGCCCAUCUCCAGGCAAUCAACAGCUUACCUGCAACCAACAACAAAUGCCCAUGUACUACUAAUGGUAGAUAAAGUAGAACUACCUGUUGAUUUGUUCUUUGAAAAUAAAAUAACGAAUGAUUCUUUGAAUUAUUUGUUAACCAUUUUA